UAAGGAAUAUUUAUUUUGGAAACUUUUUCGGACAUGUUUUGGAACUACAAAAUUUCUCAAAAAAACUUUCCGCUUUAAAUCUGUUCAAAUAUAUCUCAAAGAAGAGGUGUUGAAGUUUGUGAUUACGUUACGUAUGGAAAACAAGGUUUGGAAUAUAAUGAGACCAUAUUUUAAUUCCUUAACAAUUUUAAGAUGGCAAAUAUUACCAGAUUACUCUUUGAUUGCAAUACCGUUACCAAAAUGCUCUCUCAUUCGAAUACCAAUUGAACUUUUACCGAUUGAUUCAAUUGGUACACCUUUAAUUUCGGAAAGAAGUAAAACAAAAUAUAUUAAUUUGAAGCAGUUUCUUUCGAAAAUCUCAAAAUAUAAAAGCAUACCUCAAAUCGGAAGAGCGUGCCAAAUUUUGAACAAAAUACUUACUUUAAAUAAUAAUAAAUUGGGUUCAACUUCCACAAAAAAUGGACUUUUGACCUAUAGAAAACUGAACACCAGGAAGAGUAACAAGAAGCAAUUGAUUUUCACGGUAGAAAAGUCAAAUUCAGAGCCAUUGAAUUAUAAACAACUGUCAAAUAAACAAACUUCUUCAAAUAUUUGCAAUCAACAUUUCAACGAUUUAAUAUCAAAAUUAUCAAGAGUUGAAAAUAUGAUUUGCAAUAUCAUUGAAAAUAAAAAUGAAUUCAGUCUAAUGGCCAUCAAAGACAAACUCAUAACUAACGAGUAUCAAGAUAAUUACUGUCAAAUUUCAAACGAAGAAUCUACCAUUUCAGAAAAUGAUGGUGUUAAGAAAGAACUAAUAUUAAUCUAUUCUCGGGAUCAUAAAGACAACAGAAUGAGCUGUUUUGACGAAACGAUGUCUUCUGAUAUUUUGACCACUGGUAAUGAACCAUUAAGGUCAGAGAGAAAUUUUGAUAAAAUAUCAGUUAAAACCACCACAUCAUCAAAGCGUAGCGUUGACUUCAAACAGUUGAUUAUGUCAAAGAAACAAAACUCAGAGCAAACUCAGACAUGUACAAACAUGUCAAAUGAUUUUAAUCAACUCACACAUUCAAAUGUCUAUGUCGAUAAUAGAAGAUUGAUUCUAAAUUACUCAAAUAGUGUACAAAUCAAUAUAGAAAGAUUGGGAAGGUCUGAUAGUGAUACGGCACUUCACACGUUCUGGACCGGAAGUGAACAAUCAACUAGUGAAAUGGAAUCUUCUGAUCAAAUUUCAAGUUUGGAACAUUGUAUUUCGUAUAAUUUUACUGAUGAAGAACAAUUUACUGAAACACCUGGAGAAAUCGAUGCCCUUAAUAAUGCAAUAAUAUUAUCAUGCAUGUUUAUUUUAGUAAUAUUUCUUGGAGUGUUUUAAGGUCAAACAUCUGUGACAAAUGAAAGCCUGAAAUUAUAGAAAAAUGAACCUUCACUUGUACUUGAGUUAAUGACUAACGCUUUGGCUGAUGUGAAUUCAAAGUCCUUCCAAAUAAUUAAUAACGGUUUUUCAAAAAAAAAAACAUUUAUGGAAUCAUUUUAUUCCAUUCGAAAUUUGAAAAGCAAUAUAAUGGAUGAAGAAUUUGUUUAUUACCGCACACUGUUUUGAAUGAUAAAAAAUAAACUAA